AUGAGGGAUUAUGCUCAAUAUUCCUCGCGGAUCCCAUCUCCCAGAUUCAAGACUGGGAAUACGGUAAACACAAACACUCAGGGCAGAAAUGGGAACCAGACUCUCUCUGACAAGCGAGACAGAGAGUCCACUUCUACUGUUGCAUCCUCCACAUCGAGUCAACAACCUGCGCCUCAGCAUGCUUCCAUUUUGAAUUCGACUUCGUUAAAAGCGUAUGAUGCCCUCUCUUUGCGUCAGCACGGAGCCGAAGCAACGAUUGUCAAGCUGCGGGAAGCACUCGAAGAAAACCUCACAAAAGAUGAAACAGCCAAGGCGUCGUUGGCCAAGUCAGACGCUAUUAUUUUGGAGCUUCGUUCAACCAUCCGCCAACUAAAAAAAGAAAAGGAAACGAUAGAAUGCAAUACUUCCCAGCAGAAAAGUUCCAAUCAUUCGAAUGCUCAGGUUCUGGAACUUCAGAAGAGAGUCCAAGAAUUGCAAAACAAACUAGCGGUCAGUCAGUCCAGUAGCAACGACGGGCAAGUUGGUGAGCUACAAAUUCAAUUAGACCGAGCACACGCUCAAAUUCUGACGGCAGACAUGGUUCGCAAAGAGCUCGAAGAUACAUUGGAAGCUGAGCAAUACACAUGGGAGUUACGAGUGCAAGAUCAAGAAAGAACUAUUGCCCUGAUGCAGGAGCAAAUUCAAACUCUCACACAAGAUCUGGAAGCUUGUCGUUCGCAAUGGAAAGAGGCGGAGGUUGGAUGGAAUUCUCAGUUGAAUGAACUCCAGCAACAAUUGACUCAGGCAAGAGCUCGAAUGGCAACGACCCAGGCUCUCAAAAGUGGAAGCCAAGACCAGCUGAUGACCAAGAUCAACCAACUGGAACGGGAACGAGCAGAACUUCAGACUUGUUUAGAUGAGACUCUUCAGGAAUUGGAGGCCGUUGAUCAAGAAGGUCACACGAAACAUGGCAGGGCCGCAGACGAAGGAGAAGUAGUGGAGUCCCUACAGCAUUUAUUACGAUGGAUAGCACAGGAAUCAAUUUCGGAGACAACCCUACAAAACAUGCCGCGCACAUCAAGUGAGCUACUGAAUCGAAUCAGGAAAGCGUUGGAGGCAUGGAUUGCAAAAGAAAAGGUCUCCGUGUCACGGCGAGAUGAGAAAGCUGUCAAGGAACUCAAAUCACGCGUCAACGUCUAUGAGCAGGAACUAAAGUCCAGGGAGGAAUCUAGUGCAGAGCUAAGAGAAUCACUAAAGGAGGCAGUGACACUGCUGAAGCCACUGCAGGAUGCAGUCACAAAGGGAGAGCUAGAGAAGAGGGAGCUACAGGACAAAUUGAAGAAGGCACAGACAGCUAGACCACGUAACGGUGGAAAUAAUCCUGUUUUGGAAUCACAGUUACGUGAAAAUAAUUUCAAGAUCAAAGAGCUCGAAGAUGAAGUCAUGUCGUUGCAGCAACAAGUCGAAGAGCACAAACAGUUGGCAACUGCUCGGGAAUCGUUGCUGAAAGCUGCAAACAAUCCCGUUACAAAUAUGCCAAGAAAUCACAAUGAUUCCGUCAGUAAGAUUCAAAGAGCUCGCGAAGAAUUACGUCGAAAACGAGAGACAGAAGGCAACCUGCAACAACUUCUGAAGGAUGCGCAAACCAGAUUUCAUUCACUACAUGAGCAAAACGAACAGGUUGUUGCAAAUAACCGGGAUCUGCAAGGACAACUCAAGAAUGCACAAGAUCGACUGACCUCAAAUGGGGAUCUCACCAUAGAAGAGAAGCUUGAGAGGUCUCAGCGGGAACUAUCCCAACGCAAUGCUCAAGUUAAGCAGUUGCAAGCUGCCUUACAAGGCGGUGGUACUACUAGUCCUGUAGACUUAAGUCAGGAGCUUUUGGCUACCCGUAACGAGCUUGCGCAGAAGGAACACGCCGAACGGAUCCUCAACAAAUCUCUGAAGGAAGCUCUAGGACUUCUGAAGCCGCUACAGAUGCAUUUGGAAGAUGCCGAAAAGGAGAAAAUGGAAGUCUCAAAAGAACUGCGCAGUCUCCGCAAACGUUUUCGUCAGCUGCAGAUGGGUGAGAUCGAAGACUUAUCAAAGUCAGAGUCGAUCAACUUGAUUGAUGGUGAAGUCAGGGUUGAGGAGUUGGAAGAAGCCGUGAGACAACUUGAAGAGGAAAACUCACAACUACAUGAUGCACUCGAAGACAACGUGAUGGGCGGGACUGAAGAUUCGAAAACACGACAACGCAUGGUCGAAUUGAACAGCCGCUACGAGGUCACGCAAAAUAAACUUGAGGAUGCUCUCGUAGAGAACCAUUCGCUAACAAAGACUUUGAAGCAACGGGAGUUACAGGAGAAGCAGAGGAUCGAAGAGAUUAGAGUCCUCCGGGAGAGGCUUCAUAAGAUGGAAAAUGAGUUGGGGGAUGCUCAGGCAAUCGUUGAUGAGUUUGCAGUUUCAGAUAUUGGUAAGAUGAGAAGGAAUAUUGCUAAUCAACGCCAGAUGGUCUAG